AUACAACAACGCAGCUUUUAUUGUGAGAGCAGGAAUAGCUUUUGCGAGGGAGUCACAUACUGCCGAGGCACCACAACUCGAAAGAUGUCAUUUGCCAGUGACAAGCUGUACAAUGGGUAUCUGCGGCGGGAAAUGCCGACCAUUGUGCGCAGGGUGCAAGUGAGAGAAAUAAUGAGCCACCUGCCUUGCUUGACUUCUCACGACAGGGAAAACAUUGAGGCAAAAAGAGAGGUUUGUGGGAACUAUGACGGCAUGGUGCUUCUGCUGGACUGUCUGAAGAGAAGAGAAAACUGGCCCGAGCAGUUAAUCGAAGCACUCGAGGCGUGUGAGCAUCCAUUUUUAGCAGCUGGGCUUAGAACAGCAUACGACACUCUGCGAGGCACCAACACACCAGCUCCUGCAGAGCCACUUGCCCAGGCCUCACCCUCUCUGGAAAUCCCUGUGCAGCCACAAGCCCCCCCGAGUGCAGAAGCCAAAGUUCCUGAGGUGGUUUCCCCUCCACAGCCAACUCAGGGUGAAGUGGAACCCCCUCCAUCAACUCCUCCUCCUGAGAGCAACUCUCACCAGGAGCCGGUGGAAAACUGUGAAUCCGACAUCGAGGAUGUCUCCGGUGAUGAUGCUGCGAUCCCCGAUCAGGUGAGCGCAGGAAACAGUGAGGUUUUGAUCGACACUGUGGCCCCUCCGCAACCACCCCCCCCUGCUGAGGAGCUGGAAACAGAAACUCCAUCCAUCCAAGAUCCUGUCAAAACAACAACAACCUCCACGGAGAUCAGUCCUCCACAGAGUCCCUCUCCAUCUCAGAUGAACUCGGAUGUGACCGAUGGAUCCUCUUUCCUCACUUUAACUCCAGAGAAGCCUCCGGUCCAGGACACCACUCCCCCUGUGGACAUGAAACCUGCUCCUGUCCUGCUGCCUGAAGAGACGUCUGUGCCGCCUGCGACACAGGUUAUUGAAAGCAGCCCUCAGACAGAAACUGAAGCUGCCACCUCCCCCCUGCCGGUUGCUGCAGAGACGGACACCUCUAUCUGUGAUGACAACUCUGUGUGUCUGAGCAAACCUGGCCCACUCCUCAGCAUCCACCCACAACAAGAUGCUAUCCCUGCUAUCCCUGAACAAAGAAAACCGGUGCAGCCCUAUUCGGGGAGUAGUGAGCGUCUGGAAAUCAGCAAUGCUGCAUCAGAAGCUGUGACCUCUUCCCUCCUCCCCGCAUGCUCCACCACUGUGAAUACCGCACUGCCAUGCCAGGAGAACGGCAUCGCUCCUAACCACAGCGAACCGGAGGAAAACCACUACGAGUCUCCCUGUGAGAGUUUGGAUAUGCAAGUGCUGGAGAAUGUCGUGCAUAUAUCCGAGGAGCCGUCUAUCCUUGACCUAGACGGCCAAAGCUCAAUACCACGAGCUCAAAUCAUGAAUGGUGACGCAGCCAAAGAGAUCACCCCUGCAUCACCAGUGUCCACCAACACUGGUGAUACUGUAUUGAGUGUAAACACCCCCUCUGGUGAGAACUGCCUCCUUUCUGAGCCCACACCUGCUGAUAUCUCCCCCGAGCAGAAGUCGAAUAAUACUAAGUACAUUCUGAUGGCUGCAGGAGUGGGCGUCUUUGCCCUGGUGAUGGCAAGGUGGAGGUUUAAGAAUUAAGUGGAUUGAAUACAUUACAUGUUACUUGUUAGACACUUUUAUCCAAAGUGACUUACAUACUCAAUACUGUGGGCAAUCCCCACAGGAGCAAUUUGGGGUGAAGUGUCUUGCCCAGGGACACAACGACAUGCUGACUGCAGUG